UCACCUAUCAUCAUCACACCUGUUUCUAUCUUAACACACAUAGACACACACAGACCCACACUCAUAAACUGCGACAGGCUGCAGGAAAAGCACUGGGACUCAGUGAGGAUGGAGCAGGAGUAUGAUAUUAUAGUGCUUGGAACUGGACUGAAGGAAUGCAUCAUCUCUGGUUUAAUGACUCUAAGUGGGAAAAAGGUUCUUCACAUCGAUAAGAAUCCUUAUUAUGGGGGAGAAAGCGCAUCCAUUUCUCCCCUUGAGGAGCUGUACAAGAAGUUUAAAGUUCCUGGUCCUCCUAAAUCAAUGGGCAGAGGGAAAGAGUGGAACGUUGACCUCAUCCCCAAAUUUUUUCUUGCCACCGGUCAGCUGGUAAAAAUCCUGGUCCACAGCGAGGUUACUCGGUAUCUGGACUUUAAAGUUGUAGAAGGCAGCUAUGUAUACAAAGGAGGAAAAGUGCACAAAGUCCCUGCCAAUGAAAAAGAUGCAGAUGCUUCAGAUCUGAUGGGCAUGUUCGACAAGAGGAGGUUCAAGAAGCUGCUGCUUUUUGCUCUGAACUUUGACAUAAAAAACCCUCGCACCUACCACGAUGUGGAUCCUCACAAAACGAGCACACGGGAACUGUUCCAUCGCUAUGACCUGGGACUUGAUGUCAUAGAGUUUAUAGGUCACGCCAUAGCCUUACAUAACAGUGAGAGUUACCUGGACCUGCCCUGUGUGGAAAUCAUCAGUCGGAUCAGGCUGUACUCUGAUUCUCUGGCCUGUCGCAACACCAGUCCAUACCUCUACCCGGUAUAUGGGCUCGGGGAGCUACCACAGGGCUUUGCCAGACUGAAUGCAGAGUAUGGAGGAACCUUCUUGUUGAACAGGGCAGUGGAUGAGAUUGUGAUGGAUAAUGGCAAAGUGAAAGCUGUGAAAUCUGAGGGGAAGCUGUUUCACUGCAAACAGUUAAUCUGCGAUCCCAGCUACGUUCCUAGUCGUGUCAGGAAGGUGGGACGCGUCAUUAGGGUGAUCUGUUUACUAAAUCAUCCAGUUAAAAACACUCAUGAUGCCAGCUCCUGUCAGAUCAUCAUCCCUCAAACUCAGCUCAGCAGGAAGUCAGACAUUUAUAUAUCUGUGGUGUCUUUUGCCCACAAUGUGGCCUCAGAUGGGAUGUACAUCGCCACGGUGAGCACAACUGCAGAAACCAACAACCCAGAGCAAGAAGUGCAGCCAGGGCUCGAGCUCCUCGAACCCAUCAUAAGCAAAUUUGUGUCUGUCAGCAACCUGCUAGUUCCAAAUGAAGAUGGAAAAAAGAGUCAGAUAUUUGUGUCCCGCUCAUACAGCGCAGCAAACCACUUUGAGACUGAAUGUGAGGACAUCAAAGACAUGUACCAGCGGCUCACGGGGACGGAGCUCUGCUUCGCAGGAUCACGGCAUCAGUCUCAUAACUCUGAUGAUGACUGAAAAUGACUUGACAUGAGGACCAAAUCAUUCAGCAGCUGGGAGGCCAUGAAUGGAUAAUUAUAGGCCACAGCUGUAAAGCAGAGGGUGUGAUGUAGGGUGUAGAUUGAACUGAGUGUGCUAUAUAAAUGUCUGAUGUCCCUUUUUCCUCUUAAUUUGUUUGCUGUAAGUUCUCCCUCGUGUGACAAUCUGUUAAAAUAUGUUUUUUUUUUUUUAUGAGACAAGGUAACACAUCAAUAUGACCUUUCUGCUGAAUAGUUCUUACGUUGGUUGUUUAUACCAGAGUGAAACUUUUUUAAUUACUUAUGAAGCGAUAUCAACUAAAAAACUGCUAAAGUAUUAUUGUAUCAAGCAGAAAUACCUUCAAAUUCACUGUUUGUUUGAUGUUCAACUAAUGCAGAAGUCCACUUAUGUAUGGCUGUACAAUUUCUGCAUAAGGAAAAAAGGUCACCUAACUGUUAAAAUUAAUUAGAUUGAUUUUUUUUUUGUUUUAAGUAUCAAUCAGUGAGACUGUUUAUGAGCUGCAGCAGGCUGCAUGUGAAUAAUGAGGGUAUAAAGUGUUUGGCCUGACGCUGGGCAUCUUCACAGAGACAGAUGAUUAGCAAUGAAUCAGAGUGAUGUGUAAUGGAUUAGUGGACUCUCUUAUCUAUGGAGCUUAUGUGUGAGAAGGACAAAGCCAAUGAAUUAAGUGCUGCACAAACAGCUUGUCAGCGGCAGCGUGCUGGAGGCAGAGGACGGACAGACGCACGGAGUAAAGAGGCUUAUCCAAAUUAAGGACACUGGCCACCAGCACUACUUCUGGUAGCCAUAAAAACUAUUUCUUUAACAUGCGAGUCCCUUUAACUGCUGCCCAGUUCACAUCCAAAAUGAAAAUAUGCUGCUGAGUUGGUCUUACAACAGAUUUAUUGUAACACAUAAAAAUACAUUACACCUAAGUUGCAGUAUGUAAAACAUUUGUAUUUCUUUAUACAAGGAAAACUUGUGUUUAUAUACAAUGACACAUUUACACUUUAUUACAGUCUAAUUCUCCA